AUGAAAUCCAGGAAAACCAUCCGCUUGGCUAUUAUUUUGGCUGCGUCUUCGAUAAUCGUUCCCGCACUGAUAUUGUUUGGCCGCCAUGGUACACUUAAUGUGACAUCAUAUUUUGGAUCACCAGCAAUACUUGGGGAUGGGUUUGGAUACGAAUUGGCCGACGAGGAUUGGACAGGUGAUUUAGCCGGAAUCAAUUCGCCAUCUGAUUGUAAUGUCACAGAAAACUUUGAGUGGUUGGGAAGGUACAACUUAUCAUACCCUUUGAAAGUUGCCCAGCGAGAUAUUAUUGCGAAACCUAAUCAUGGAGAGAGACCGUCAGUCACCGUGAUGAAAGCGUCCUUGUUUGACAGCCCUGAAAUCUUCGAGCGCGCAGAGCUUUCUAUUGAUAGAGCCGUCGACCAUUGUUCCCCACUCACUCUUGAAGUUCCUUAUCCUCCAAUUCGGAAAAUCGACGCUUCGCACAUGAUAUUUGGUCUACAGACCACAAUAAAGCGUCUUCGGGACACAAAGAUGCACCUAGCACGAUGGCUGCCCAACAGUGGAGCUCGUUUGAUCGCAAUAGUCAAAGAAAGCGAAGAGGUAUUGGCAUCCAAAUCUGAAAUGGCUCGACUUCAGAAAGAAUAUCGCAAAGCAGGCAUGGACAUCACAAUAAUACCACCCGUCAAGAAAGAGGACUUUUUCAAUCAAAGAUAUUUUUCUCUGAUAGAUCUUAUGUACAAGGCUCGCAAUAAGAAAACAAAAUGGACUGUGGUUAUGGACGACGACACAUUCUUCCCUUCCAUGCGUGGGCUACUAGAUGAGCUUGCUCUUCACGACCAUACGCAGCCUCAAUAUAUUGGUGGAUUGUCCGAGAAUUGGGCAGCGGUGAGAAUGUACGGACUGAUGGCAUUUGGAGGGGCUGGCGUCUUUCUCUCCACGCCACUGGCAAAGAUCAUCCAUGAGAACAAUGAAGAGUGUAAAAAUAAUAUGCGAUUCACUUCCGGAGAUACACUUGUGAUGGACUGUAUAUAUCAACAUUCUAAAGCUCAGCUUACAACAGUAGCUGGACUUUCGCAAAUCGAUUUCGCGGGAGAUCAUUCUGGAUUUUAUGAGAAUGGAAGAAAAUUAUUAUCUUUACAUCAUUGGAAAGCAGGAUCGGCGACCAAAUAUCCAUAUGAGAUGGAUAAGAUGCAUCUAGUAUCAGAUGUGUGUGACGAUUGCUUCCUACAGCGUUGGCAGUUUGACAACGAUGUCGUCCUUACCAAUGGGUUUAGCAUCGUGAAAUAUUCCAAGGGGUCGUUAGAGCGAGGGGCAAAGAGCGAUUUGAGUAACACGACAAUUACUGAUGGAAGUGUGGACUUGAGGAGAACAGAAGUGACUUGGGAUGACAAGAAUCUCGAUGUUGAACAUAGUCUGUCACCAACACGGCCAGAAUUGAACGAGGCACAGAAAAUUAGCUGGAAAUUUCUGGAUAGCUAUGUGGUCAAUACACAUGUGAUUCGACAGGUGUACUUGAAAAAGGGACCUGAAGGAAGUGGAGAUGAAGUUCUGGUUCUAAAUUGGAGACAAGCGAGAAAAAGCCACAAUGCAGGAGGAACUGAAAUCAGACAUUAA